CGGUGCGCCUUGGGAGCCAGAGCCCGGCGUCCCCCUGGUUGCUCUGGAGUCGGGUCGCGUGGCCGCCUGCCCGCUCGCCUCCUGCCAUGGGGAGCACCGAGAGCAGCGAGGCCCGAAGGGUGUCCUUCGGAAUGGACGAAGAGGAGCGGGUCCGGGUGCUGCAGGGCAUCCGGCUGUCCGAAAACGUGGUUAACCGCAUGAAGGACCCCAGCCAGCCCUGCAAAGCUGGGGGGCCAGCUCCGUCUCCUGCCCCUUCACCGUCUACACGUGGCACCUCUGAAGGCCCGCAGAAAGACUCCAAACCGCCCAGCUCCGAGUCUGGUGGUGGCCGGCAGCCCCCGGGCGGGGAGGACGAUUUCCUCAAGAGGUACAAACAGGAGCAGGCCAGGGUCCAGGAUGAGCUGUUGCAGGUGGUGGCGAGGGAGAGAGAGGCGGUCGCGGAGCACAGGAGUGCGUCCAUGCAGCGCGGGGAAGGCAGCGGUGACCAGGAGAAGCAGAAGUCCCCCCCGCUGGCCAGGGAGCUGGAGAGCCGGGAGGCAGAGCUGAGGCGGCGGGACGCCUUCUACAGGGAGCAGCUGGGACGCAUCGAGAAGAAGAAUGCGGAGAUGUAUCAGCUGUCUUCACAGCAGUUCCACGAGGCAGCUUCAAAAAUGGAGGGCGCCAUAAAGCCCCGGAGGGCGUAGGCCACAGUGCUUGCGGGGCGGAGAAGGCAAAGGGC